UGUGUAGCAGGAAGGCAAACUCAAAGCUCUCUCUCGGUGGAAGACGGCAACGAAGUGACAUCUCACUGCUUUCACCAAACUGUACAAUGGAGGAAUUAAGUAGUUGACGUUUCCUGUAACCUUCUCUUUUAAGCUUUCUUCCGUCUGAUCACUGUGUCCGCGAACUUCAGUUCAUCGGUCCGGUUUUCCGCGUCUUACGGUCCUUUCACGAUCCAAAAAUGAAGAUCAUAAUCGGCAUUGGCGGGGUUACCAACGGAGGUAAAACCACCCUCACCAACAAAUUAAUCAAGAACCUCCCUAACUGCUGCGUUGUACACCAGGAUGACUUCUUCAAGCCCCAAGAUCAGAUUGAAGUUGGUGAAGAUGGCUUUAAGCAGUACGAUGUACUUGCUUCUCUGGACAUGGACGCCAUGAUGUGCACCAUCUACGCAUGGCUUGACAACCCAGUCAAGUUUGAGAAGUCUCACGGAAUCAACAACCGCCUUGACACGGAGAUACUGAAGGAGUCUGACCAAAAGGAAGAGGUGGAGGAAACUCACAUCCUCAUCGUGGAGGGCUUUCUGCUUUACACCUAUGGACCUUUGAUCGACGUACUGAACCAACGCUAUUUUAUUACCAUUCCAUACGAAGAAUGCAAAAAGAGAAGGAGCUCAAGGAACUAUUCGUGGCCGGAUCCACCAGGCCUUUUCGACGGCCACGUCUGGCCCAUGUACGUCAAACACAAGAACAUAAUGGAGGAGACCGGAGUUGAUGUCGUGCAGCUAGAUGGCAGAAGAUCCAAGGAGCAACUGUACAACUUUGUGUACGGAGACAUUCUGAACAUCCAGAACAAGCAAGAAACAAAGGUCAUGUGAUCGGCCAAGAAGGGCAUCCGGUCAGCCUGCGGCACCACCACCAACUGCUCUGCCUAACUUUUUCUACCCUGUGGCUCAUUUUAGCUGACAAUUGGGACUUUUCUAAACAUAACUUAUUUACCUGAUAGAAUGAAAUGCUGGCAUGUUUAUUUUAUUUUUUACCUAACAAUAUUUAUUUUGUUUUUUUAACAUCGGCUACAUUCAGAAGUUUAUACAGAAAGGUUCUGAGGAUGCUUGCACUUGGUUAUUCACUUCAAUAAAUGACCCGUUCUGUAAAAA